AGCCCAACGCCGCUCACUGCACAGCUUGUUUUGGUGUCUCGUGCACGGACUUCUGCAGGUAAAAACAUGCCAAAGGCCGCAAAGAAGUCCCGCACCGCUCAGCCCUCCAUCAGCAGGUACUUCGGGGGGCCGAGCGGCGGCGCCUCCGUCAACCAGAACCCGGCUCGGCACCAGCUCUGGAGAGGCAAGAAGAAACUUUCCCCCGAUCAUCAUGGCGAGUUGGGAUUGUCAACAAAGCGAGCCAAGCUCUGUGUUCGAGACCAGCAGGAGGACUUGGACUGUGAGCCAGCACCCCGUCACAGCACUGAAGAGACGGUGCCAACGAGGAACCGGGGGUCAGUUGACCUCUGCGCCUCCACCCGGGAGAAGCUGAAAGGUUUCACCUGCUCGGCCGAGCCCGGUGUCGCUCGGAGAGGAGAAGUGAAGACGGAUGGUGCUAGUAGCAGUAGGAUCUGUUGUGAUGGAGGAGGAGGAGCAGGAGGAGAAGGAGGAGGCAGCGGUGAUGGCGCUCGGCCUCCCAGGGACGGAACAGAUCAAUCCGGCAAUGAAAUCAGCCUCCAACAUCCAGAAGAUGAGCUGGAGGAGGAGGAUGAGAAUGAGGACGAGGAGGUCAAAGACGAGGAGAGUUCAGGGAUGGCUGAACAGGGUUUCCGCUUGUCUCAGUUUGCCAAGUCAGGAGGAGGAGGAGGAGGAGGAGGACGGGGUCGAGGAAGAAGGGGUGCAAUGGCGAGUCCUCCGUCAGACUCCGGCAACCCUCCCAGGCGCCCGAAGAAGAGCGCGUACACCCCCCUGGAGCAGCAGGUGGUCCUGCUGAAGCAGCAGCACCAGGACGCCUUGCUGGCCGUGGAGUGUGGAUACAAGUACCGGUUCUUCGGGGAGGACGCAGAGAUCGCCGCGAAGGAGCUGAAUAUCUUCUGUCACCUGGAUCAUAACUUCAUGACGUGCAGCAUCCCCACGCACCGCUUGUUUGUGCACGUCAGACGCCUCGUGGCCCACGGACACAAGGUCGGUGUGGUCAAGCAGACGGAGACGUCUGCCAUCAAGGCCUCGGGGGCCAAUAGGAACGCUCUGUUCUCUCGUCACCUGAGUGCUCUGUACACCAAGUCCACUCUGGUGGGGGAGGAUGUGAACCCGGUCUGCAGACUGGGCGAUGUGGAGGGGGGGGUCUGUGGGGACGUGGUGACGGACCCCCCAGACAGCUUCCUGCUGUGUGUCAGUGAGAACUGGGACAAACUCAAGAAGCAGCUCACCGUGGGGCUGGUGGCGGUUCAGCCCAGCACAGGAGACGUGUUGCUGGACUGCUUCCCAGAUGGCGAGUCCCGCUCGGAGCUGGAAGGUCGUGUCCUAAAGAUUAACCCCGUGGAGAUCCUGGUGCCCUCUGACCUCUCAGAGCAAACCCACAGACUCCUCCAGAGCAUCGCCAAUGCCAGCGCUCAGGCCGAUGACCGAGUGAGAGUCGAGAGGAGGGACGGCGCUCAGUUCGAGUUCGCCACCGCGAUGAACACGGCCACCGAGUUCUACUGCCACGCCUCGGAGAAAGGCUCUCGCUCGCUGUCGAUCGUCGCGUCCUUGGAGAGCCCAGUGAUCUGCUGCCUGGGGCCGCUCAUCCAGUACCUCCAAGAAUUCAACUUGGAAAGAGUUCUUAGGAGCGAAAGCUCGUUCCAGCGGCUGUCCUGCGAGUCGGAGGGCAUGAACCUCGGCGCCGCCACGCUCCGGAACCUGGAGAUCCUCAACAAUCAGACAGAUGGCGGUGCGAGGGGCAGUCUGCUGUGGGUGUUGGAUCACACUCGCACUCCGUUCGGGAGGAGACUGAUGAGGAAGUGGGUGAGCCGGCCCCUCACAGACCCGCGGUCCAUCUCGGAGAGGCAGGACGCCGUGCAGGAGAUCCUCGAGUCGGACUCGCUCACUUUGAAUGCCGUCAAAUCCCUGUUGGCGCGUCUGCCCGACCUGGAGAGAGGCGUCUGCAGCAUAUACCACAAGAAGUCCUCCACGCAGGAGUUCUACCUCAUUGUCAGCAGCCUUUCUCGACUGGGAAGUGAACUGCGGGCCUUGCUCCCGGCGGUCCAGUCCCAGAUCGGCUCCGCCCUCCUCCGAAGCCUCUUGUUGGACACGCCGGACCUGCUGGCUCCGGCCCACAGCCACCUCGAGGUGCUCGAUGAGCGGGCCGCCAAGGCGGGCAAUAAGACGGAGCUGUUCUCAGACCUGUCCGGCUUCCCGUUGCUUCGGAAAAGAAGGGAGCAGAUCCAGAGUGUCGUCGGCCAGAUCCAAGACCAUCGCAAAGACAUCCGGCGGACGCUGAAGGCCCCGGCGCUGGACUACACCACCGUCUCUGGACAGGAGUUUCUGAUUGAGGUGAAGAACUCGCUGUCGUCCACUGUUCCACCCGACUGGGUCAAAAUUGGCAGCACCAAGGCGGUCAGCAGGUAUCAUUCUCCCUUCCUGGCGGAGCGCUACAAGACGCUGCUGCAGCUCCGGGAGCAGCUGCAGCUGGACUGCCAGACGGAGUGGACCCAUUUUCUGGAUCAGUUUGGGGACCACUAUCACACCAUGAAAAGGGCUAUUAGUCACCUAGCAACCAUGGACUGUCUCUUUUCAUUGGCUGAGGUGGCUAAGCAAGGGGACUAUUGCAGGCCGGAGGUGUGUGACGCUCGGCGUCAGAUUAUGAUCCGGGACGGCAGACACCCGGCCAUCGACUUACUGAUGGGAGAGCACAGCCAGUAUGUGCCCAACCUCACCGAGCUACAGGGCGAUGGCAGGAGAACGAUGAUAAUCACUGGUCCUAAUAUGGGGGGUAAGAGCUCCUACAUCCGCCAGGUGGCCCUGAUCUGUGUUCUGGCUCAGAUGGGCUCCUACGUCCCGGCCUCUGAGGCCCGCCUGGGCGUGCUGGACGGCAUCUAUACGAGGAUGGGAGCUUCAGACAACAUUUACAAAGGCCGCAGCACGUUCAUGGAGGAGCUGACCGAAGCCUCGGAGAUCAUUCGCCGCGCGACCGAGCGCUCAUUGGUCAUCCUCGAUGAACUGGGACGGGGAACCAGCACCCACGACGGGAUCGCCAUCGCCUAUGCCACCCUGGAGUACUUCAUCAAAGAUGUGGAAGCCUUCACCCUGUUUGUGACCCAUUACCCUCCGCUGUGCGAGCUGGAGCAGGUGUAUCCUGAACACGUGUCCAACUACCACAUGGCUUUCCUACUCGAUGAACCGGACAUCGCCACUAAUGACGGAGAGGUUCUGCCAGAGUUCAUCACGUUCCUCUACCAGUUGACCGAAGGAGCAGCAGGGCGGAGCUACGGCCUGAACGUCGCUCGAUUGGCCGACAUCCCAGAUGACAUACUGCACACCGCCGCACGCAAAGCCAGAGAGCUGGAGAGCGCGGUCAACGGCAAGAGGAAAAAUCUGAAGAAUAGGAAACUUCUCUCGGCUCUCUUGAGCGUCUCGGACGGAUCGUCCCUCGCCGAGUGGCUGCAGUCCAACGCUUGACAUGAAGAAGAGGAGCAGCCGGCCACCAGUAGAGGAGCUCAAAGAAGAGUGGACAAGGGAGAAGUGAUGACUUGUUCCACUGGGGACUCUGCACUGAUUGGUGUAGAGGGGUUGUUGCUGCUCUCUUUGCUCGUGUGAGAGUGUGAGAGUGUGUGUUUGUGUGUGUAUGUGUGUGUGAGAAAAGGAUUUACCUCGCCAUCAUCUGUACUGUAACCUAACUGCCAGAAUAUCAAUAAAUAUACCAGCUGAUCCAGA